UCCCCAAAUUUGGGGAAUUCGAUCAGGAUUUUUGGGGAUUUUGAUGAAUUAGCUUUGGCAACCCUGCUUCUGAGCGCCGAUAAUACAAUGACUGCCAAAAAGAUUGUAUUUAACCAAGACAAGGACGAUGACGAAUGCGAAUAUUUAGGAACACAAUGUUUUCAAAUCAAUCCCCAUGUUGAAGAGAAAGAAAUUCCAACGAACGGCGAAGAAUACCUAUUAAAAGUGAUUAAGGAACGUGCGAAGUAUGCUACAGUAACAAAGUGCGAUUUAGACAUAUCAGAAAUAAAUAAGAAACGUUGCAAUACUGUAAACGAGCAUGAAAAUCCUGUGCGGCCAGAACUAUUAAAACCAACAAUAGAAUGGCAAAACAUUCAAAUUGCGGACUUUUCUGAUCUUCACAUGUAUGUCAUACGUAUGGCUGCAAGAAAAAGAUGUUUACUGCCUUCGAUAUUUGAUGAGACAUAUAAAGACUUUUUGAAUGAUGGUGAUAUAUUGUGGGACAAGGUUUUUGAAAGUACAGAGCCGACACUAUCACAUGUUGUUGGGUUAACACAUAGUGCGGUUGAAAGUGGUUUGGAUGCUAUAUUGUCAAAUCUUCAAGAAGUACCACCAGGACAGUCUAUUGAUCGUAGAACAGGAUUAUGGCUCCAUGCAUUGCUCACUGUCACAAGGCAUCCACCACAGUCAGAUGACAGCUUUCUGCUUAGAAAUAUUUGCAGAAGAUGUGCUGAAAUAAGGGCCAGUAUUGACUUAAAUGCGGAAAAUGCAAAAGAACUGGCAACACCUUUGAAUAUUUUUAUAUGUAUCAUAGCAAAGUAUUUUGGACAACAUGACUUAGGUGACUAUGAACUUGAUGAUUCCAAAGUAGCUCAAAUUUAUUAUGACUCAAAAGUAGCACAGAUAUAUUAUUGACAUAGAUUUGAAUGCUUCCUCCUUGUAAGUCAAAGAGAGAAGUAGUCUUUAAUAAAAAUGAGACUGAUUGCCAAUUUAAGACAUAAUCUAUAGCAGGGGUUGCUAAAUGGUUGAUCGCGAUUAUCAACUAUAAGUUCAGUUGAUUGUGGCAAGGCAAAAAAAUGUAAAUUAACAGACCAGACUGUACAACGUAAUUACAAACUACUACAGCAUUAUCUUGUGUAAUUUUUCAAUGUAUAUUUAUGUAUUAAACACAUCAGUCUUAUGUAACUGGUAUAGAACAGGGUUUCGUUAGUAAAAAGUAGAUAGUCUAAUCAAGUUGGCCACCCUUGGGGAUUUACUCUUGAAUCCAAUUCCAAUUGAUCAACAUUAAAUUAGUAUUGUGAAAUUUCGUACUCUUGAGCUGCAACACUAGCGCCCAUUGCAUCCGUAUUGCGUGGAUAUUGAUUGAACUAAAUGGUACUGAGUUUAGCUUUAUAGUCCGUACUCUGGUUGCUACUUUAACAACUACGAUAGAGGUUGUAUAGUUUUGACAUUGAAAUAUUAUUGAGAUUUUAUUGGAUUAAAAUUACAUUGGCAUUGCGAUUGGUUUCAAGAGUAAGCACCCUGAUCUAGUAAGUGAAUACAACCAUUUCAACCAAUAAAAAUUAGAUUGAUUACUCACACAUUAGCAUUGGAGUGAAGUAACUGGGUUGCUUAAAAAUAAAAUGUUAAUUUAUUAUGUAUGUAAAAUUGUAUAAUUAUACAUCUAUUUAUGUAUGAGUCUAAAUACAUUUGUGCCUAUUUGUGUUCCCAAACCUGGGGCCACUACAGUUUCAUCAAAAUUGAAUCUAUUUGUCAUACUAUAUGACUGAAUUCGUUAUUCGUUAUUAAACUUUGUAUUCGUUCUAUUGUAAAGCAAUAAUUUGCAUUAGAAAUAGUUUUCUCUUCAAUAAGUAUUUGUCUUAGGUGUUACUUUUAUUAUUGAAAUGUACAUUUUUAUGAUAUGAAAGCAUUAUAUACAAUGUUUUUAAUGAU